GUUGCGCUCUGUCCUAUUCUGUCCGUCCCCGCGCGCCACACUCCAUCGCUUGCUUCCUUAGUGUGUCUGUCUGUCAGUUCUUGUGGCCAUUGUUGAAAUAUAUAGUUGGUUCGCGGUGAGAAAUCUGGGGCCGUUCGGAAAAGGAGAAGAUCGGGGUUUGACGCCAUGAGCGGCGUCGCCUCUGCUGCGUGAGUUAAUGGGCGUCGGGUUCUCUUCGUGCUUUUUUGCUAGCGGGAAGCUUGGAUCUUUGAUGCAGAAUUGGUACAGUAAAGCCGAUUGGCGACUGCAUCUGGGCGACUGGAUCUGGUUUUAAAACAGAGAGGUAAUUGAAGAGGAAAGGUGAUGUUUUUGGCUGAUAAUUAGCCGAUUCGGGAACAAUGUCGAGGAUUCCUAAGUGGAAGAUCGAAAAGACAAAAGUGAAAGUUGUCUUCCGCCUGCAGUUUCAUGCAACACAUAUACCACAAGGAUGGGACAAGUUGUUUGUGUCCUUUAUCCCCAUAGACACAGGCAAAGCAACUGCAAAGACAAACAAAGCGAAUGUUAGAAAUGGGAUCUGCAAGUGGCCAGAUCCAGUUUAUGAAACCGCAAGACUUCUUCAGGACACAAGGACUAAAAAUUAUGACGAGAAGCAUUAUAAGCUUGUGGUGGCCAUGGGGUCUCCUAGGACAAGUUUUCUUGGAGAAGUUAAUAUCAAUCUUGCAGACUUCGCAGAUGCACUGAAGCCUUCUUCUGUUUCGUUGCCUCUUAAUAAUUGUGAUUUUGGCACAAUUUUACAUGUCACAGUGCAGCUUCUUACUUCCAAAACUGGCUUCAGAGAAUUUGAGCAGCAACACAAACUUAGCAUAAAGGGAGCCCAAAUGAUAUCCAGUCAUAGAAACAAUCCUGCUGAAGCUGAAACCACUUCAUCAGUGAUAGCCAAUGAACUUACAGAGAAGGUUGAUGCCAGAGUCAGGUACGAGGAUCAUAUGGGGCUCCUGUCACUUGAACCAGUGGGAGAGUCGAACGAAGAUUAUGAUGACUCAUCUGUUGGAGUUGAUGGCUCAUCAUAUACCUCAGAAAAUUUGUAUACUGAAAAGAAAGACCUUCAAAGUAUGAUUUGUCAUGAUGUACCCCUCAGCCAGAGCCCUAUGCCUGGUACUGGUGAUCCCAAUGGCAGUCAGUUAUCUAACCAGGGGCGGAACGGUUGGACACAUGGAUGGAGUUCAAACUAUUCUGUUGCUAAUCUUACUACAGCUUCUGAAGAAAAUACCAGACUCAGAGUAAGAUUGGAGGUAGCAGAAUCAGCAUUUUUACAGCUUAAGUUAGAAGCAAAGUCGUUGCAGCGAGUUACAGAUGAAUUAGGUGCAGAAACACAAAGUUUGUCCAAGCAGUUCUCUUUUGAGCUUACUUCUGGAGAACAACUGACUAGAGAAGUGUCUGUGUUAAAAGUUGAGUGUUCAAAGUUUAGAGAUGAUCUUGAAGCCUUAAAAUCUGCUAAAUUUAUGCAGCAAAAUGCUGACCAGAGAACUUGUUGUCCUUUAAUAUUGAACCACAACCUAGGUGAUGAUUCAAAUGCUGGUAAACUUCAAAAUGAUACAGCUGCUGCAGAGACCCACUAUAUGUACCAUGAUUUGAGGGUCAAAUGGCUCGAGAGUUUGUUGCUCGUUGAGAGCAAAGUUCUAGAAAUUCAAAAUAAGGCUUGCCUUGAUUUUGAUUAUCUAGGCCCUGAUUUUGAUCUUCUUGGGUGUGUUAUUGGUGAUCUCAAAGAAGAUAUUAUCCAAGUAAAGGGUCUCGACAGAUCUUACAGAGAUAAUGAUCAUUUGGAACACACAGUUCAUCUCUUAACCGAUUCUCAUACAGUAUAUAAUGAGCAUGGCACUCUUCAGAACAAUCUUGAACAUUUAAGCUUGAGGGAGGACAAAAUGUUUGAUCUUUUACCGAAACUGGAGGAGUUGACAACUGAGAAGGAAAGCCUUACCAAGAAGAUGGACCAGAUGCACUGCUACUAUGAGUCAUUGAUAUUGGAAUUGGAGCAAAGCCAGAAACAAACAGUAGAGGAACUGGAAAAUCUCAGAAAUGAACACUCCUCUUGUCUAUAUUCAAUAUCUGUUCUGAAAAACCAGAUAGAGAAAAUGCACCAAGAGAUGAAUGAACAGUAUAUAACUUUUGCUGAAGAUAGAACCAGCUUAGAAUCUCAAAACAAGGAACUUGAAAGAAGGGCGAUUGCCUCAGAAAAUGCAUUAAAAAGGGUUCGUUGGAACUAUUCCAUAGCAUUUGAUCGUUUGCAGAAGGACCUUGAAUUACUCUCCUUUCAAGUUUUGUCUAUGUAUGAGACGAACGAAAAUCUUGCAAAGCAAGCACUUGCAGAUGCUUAUCAGCACUACCAUGAAGAAAGUCCAGAAGAGGCCAGGUCAUGUACUGAUAAGGAUGGUAUGCCAACUUCGUUUGAUCAAGAACACUACCAGUCAGGUCUUCCAAGAAUUCAGGCAGAAAAUGGGCCUUAUGGGACCACUCACAAAUGGUAUUCAUUAGAUAAUGGUGGAUCUAUAUCUGUCUGUUGCAAAGCUAGUAGUAUAACAUCUCAGGAAGGGGUGCCCACGCAUGUAGAGCUGCGAACUAGGGAUGAGACACAUAUGGAUGGAUUUAAUUCACAUAAGAUUGGACAGCACGUUUUACACCAUACUCAGAACACGAGCAAACUUACUGCUGGUCUAUCCCCAGGAACAUAUAGAGAUGAAGAAUUUCCUAAAAGAUCUGCCAUUCUCAUGUCGAAGCUUGAUUCUCAGUUGCUGGAUGAUGCUAAAGCCACUCAAAGUCGAAGUCUGUAUCCUGAAUCAGAUAAGCAACAGAUGGUGGAUGCAAAUGGUAUAGAAGAGAUGAGAAUUUCAUUUCACAUGUUGAAAUUGCUUCAUUCGAAUAUGGAAGCUGAACUUUCAGAAAUGCAUAUGCUAAACAUGAAUUUGAAGGUUUUCUCAGAGGUUUUACAAUGUAUACUCUAUGAUGCAAAUGAUGAGGUUCGGCAUAUGAAGGGCAUUAUGCUCGAACUUGCACAGCAGCUGCAACGUGAAACAGAGAUAAAGGACAGCCUCAUGCUUCAGUUGCAUAAAGCAUUAGAUGAAGCUAGAGUAUUUAGGGAUGAUAAAGCUGAAUGCAUCUCUAGAUGUGAAGGUUUAACACUGAAAAACCAAGUUCUAGAAGCAAAACUCCAAGAUGUGUCUGAUGAAAGUGCUAUACUUAGUGAAAAGGUUGCAGAAUACGAGAGGUUGUUUGUGGAAAGCAAAGUUUAUGAAAAAGAGUAUAAGGCUUGCAUUGAAGAAAGGGACAAGUUAAAAAUUUUGCUUAAAGAGGAAAACCUACAAAAAGAUUGUCUUAAGGCUGAACUGAGCUCGAUAAUUGAGGAUUUUAAAACAUUGAAGGAAGAAUCUGAAAUGAAGUCUUCUGAAAAUGAUAAAAUGCGAACUUGUGUUGAUCAUCUUCAAGAGAAUUUGGGGUAUCUAUAUACUUGCAUGAGUUCUUGCUAUGAGCAAAUCAAUUAUUCUGCUCCUGGUGGCAUAUCAGUUUUACAGGAAUUCGAAGCUGGAAAUUAUAUGCCUGUUAUUAUGAAUUUGGAACAGUUUCAGAAAGACACAACAAAGAAAAUACUCCAGUUACAUCAAGAGAACAGGGAUAUCAAGGAACAAAGAUAUAUUGCUCAGUGCUCACAGAAAAAAUCGGAAUCGGAAUUUCUUAGUAUGAAGCAGAAAUUUGAAUCUGAAUUACAUGAAGUCACUGAAAAGCUAGAAAUGUCCAAUGUACUUGUUGAAAAGCUUCAAGUGGAACUGCAAAAUGUUUUGGAAAAGCUUAAGAUUAGUUCAGAAGCUGAAGAGAAGAAUGAAUCGAGAAAUAGAGAAUUGUCAUCAAAACUCACAAAUUUAGAAAUUGAGUUGCAGCAAGCUACUGAUGAGAACAAGGAUCUAAUAAACCAACUAUUGGUACUUGCGAGUGUCAAGGAGGAACUUGAAAAAACUCAAUUCAGUCUUAUGAAUUGCAUGCAAGAGAGGAGGGAUUUGUCGAUGUCUAUUCAGUCUGGGAAUGAGGCUUCCACCCAAAUGGAAAAUGAGCUUCACAGUCUAAAAGAAAGUCUACAAUGCACCCAUAGAGAUAUGCAGAUAGAAAAGAAAUUGAGAGAGGAACUUGAAGCUGCAGUCACCAGCCUUUCGGCACAACUGAAGGAAAAAGAUCAGGAGUUGUUGUCUUUUUGUGAACAAAAAACUGAAGUAGCUUAUUUGCAGAAAAUGAUUGUGGAUUUAGAAAAAACAAACACUGGAUUUCAGCAUCUACUGUUGAAGAAUGAAGAAAACCAAAGAAGGCUAGAUGUUGAGAACUUAUCCCUGCACGUGCAGAUUAUGGAUAUGGAGAAUCAAUUGGCAACAAUCCUUGAGAAUUCAUUAGCUGCUGAGAUGAAAGUUACUUUUAUGAGAAGUCAGUUAUGUGAGAAUGUGCAGAAGUUAUUUGCACAACUUAAGACACUGGAAAAAGAGCUUGAGGAGAUGAAUUUGAAGCAUGAGAAUGUUGUCACAUUGCUAAACACAUGUUCUGCCAAUGAAGCACAAUUAACUGAGGAAAAUGCAAGAUUAUCAGUAGCCCUUCAAUCAUUACAAUCUGAUUAUGACUCGGUUUUUCAGGAGAAAGAAAACCUCAUUGAUUAUGUUAACAAACGAAAUGCUUCAUGGACAGAAUUUGAAGAUAUCAAGGUUAGAGCUUCAACUCUAGAAGCUGAUAGUAAUCACCAAAAGCAGAAGUAUGAAGAUGAGAUUUCUCAGCUGAAAAACAUGCUGAUUAGUUUUGAAGAAGAGGUGUGCAACUUAAGAUCUUAUAAGGUUGCAUUAGAAGUUACAGAUAUAGUGCUCCGAUCCAAAUUGAAUGAACAACAAACAAAAGGAUUAUUGCUUGAGGAAUGUGACCAUGAAUUGAGGACCUUACAAGAGCACCAUAAUGAGCUUAGUUGUAAACUAUCAGAACAGAUUUUGAAGGCAGAAGAGUAUAAGAACCUUUCCAUCCAUCUAAGAGAACUCAAAGAUAAAGCAGAGGCUGAGUGUCUUCAAGCUCGUGAAAAGAAGGAGAAUGAGAGAUCAUCCCAGGAAUCACUGAGAAUUGCUUUUAUCAAAGAGCAACAUGAAUCCAAGAUCCAAGAGCUAAAAAAUCAGCUAUUUGUUUCUAAGAAAUAUGCAGAAGAAAUGUUAUUGAAAUUGCAAAAUGCUCUUGAUGAAGUUGAGAGCACAAAGAAAAAUGAGGUUUCUCUAUUGAAAAUGAUUGAAGAGUUGUCAGGAAAAAUAUCAAACUUGGAGUCUGAGCUAGAGAGAGUUCUGACUGAUAGAAGAGAACUAGCCAAAACUUAUGAUAGAACAAAGAAUGAACUGGAGUGCACUAUCUUUAACUUUGACUGUUGCAAAGAAGAAAAGUUAAUGCUUGAAGGUUCCUUGAAGGAAUGCAAUGAAGAAAGAACAAAAGCUAAAGUGGAGCUUGACUUGGUUAAGAGGUUGUUCAGCAAUAUGGCUUCAAAUGAAACCAUUAAUUUGGAAAGCAGCAACAACUCUGGUUUUCCUACCACAACAUCCAUUGAGCAAAUCUUGCAAGACAGCAGCAUUGGGUUUCCAUCUGUCUUCCAAGAGAUGCCAAAUGACAGAGGUACUUGUUUGGGAAUAGAUGCUUCAGCUGGAAUUGUUUCCAAUCCUUUGAACAAUAUAGAUGUCAACCUCUGGAAGACAGGUGGUGAGUUAAACUCAAAUGGAGAUGUUGAAGUCAUGAUGUCAACUUGUGCCAAUGAGAGCUCACUUUCAUGUCCAGUAUUAAGCUCACAAGCUUUUAAGGAUACUGGAGGUACACUUGAACGACAUACGUUGUUGGCAGAUAACACAACAUGUAUCACUGCUACUGAGGAGCAUUUCAAAGAGCUGCAAAGAUUGAUGUCCGGCAUGAACAUGCUACAAAAAGAGUUGGAAAAGCUAAAAAAUGAGAACUUGUCAUCGCUAAUUCCAUUAGACGAUCAUCAAUCCUUGCCAUCCCUUCCGGGAUUAGAAAGAGAUUUGUCACGGCUUGAUAUGGCGAAUGAGCAAUUGGGAAGCAUUUUCCCUUUGUUCAAAGAACUUCCUGGAAAUGGCAAUGCAUUGGAAAGAGUACUUUCAUUAGAACUUGAACUUGCAGAAACAUUGCAGACAAAGAAGAAAGCUGACUUUUGUUUCCAGAGUUCGUUCCUGAAGCAACACACCGAUGAAGAAGUAGGGUUCCAGAGCUUCAAGGACAUUAAUGAAUUGAUUAAAGAAAUGCUCGAGUUGAAGAGCAGGAAUGCUGCUGUGGAGACCGAGCUUAAUGAGAUGCAGGGUCGAUACUCUCAGCUUAGUCUGCAGUUUGCUGAGGUGGAGGGAGAGAGACAGAAACUGCAAAUGAUACUCAAAAGCAGAGUACCGAAGAGGCCAUAACUAUUGUUUCGUGUCGCCAUGGUGAUCACAAGGGAAGCAUAACAAUUAUCAUCAGAUGACAUUGCCAAUUUUGGGCUUGGAGAAACAUCAUUCACAGUACAUAGUCCAUAAGGAGAUUAGAAGAGUGGUGGUGAAUGGUUAUUGUUGUUGACAUGUGAAGAUUCACAAGCUUGAGAUUGAGCAUGCAAGGGAAAUGUUUAUCAUGGACAUGUAAAUAGACGCUGCAUGUCUUGAUGUAACAAAAUGAGCCGAUUAAUAUGUAUUAAUUGUGUACUCCAUGUAAUUCAUUAUGUUCAAUAUGAGAGGUACAAGUUCUUGAAA